CCGCCAUGAAGUGGAUGUUCAAGGAGGACCACUCGCUGGAACACCGAUGUGUAGAGUCUGCCAAAAUCCGAGCCAAAUAUCCCGACCGGGUCCCGGUGAUUGUGGAAAAAGUCUCAGGCUCUCAGAUUGUUGACAUUGACAAGCGGAAGUACCUGGUUCCAUCUGACAUCACUGUGGCCCAGUUCAUGUGGAUCAUCAGGAAACGGAUCCAGCUACCCUCAGAGAAAGCAAUCUUCCUGUUUGUGGAUAAAACAGUCCCACAGUCUAGCCUAACUAUGGGACAACUUUAUGAGAAGGAAAAAGAUGAAGAUGGAUUCUUGUACGUGGCCUACAGUGGGGAGAACACGUUUGGCUUCUGAAGGCCAGUGCCCAAAUAGGUGCAUCCUUCCUGCUAGUGUAUCUUGUAAAUAGCCGGUCACUUUGAGUUAUUACACCAGACCCUCUUCACAUAGACCCAUAGUGCAUUUGUAACUGGAUUUAUUUCUUAAUAUAUUGAAAGGUCUUGUUUUAUUAGACUGGUAAAUUAUCAGAGUUUUAUUUUCAUUUUCUUUUCUUUGUUGUGCAUUGUCCUCAUGGCUGCAAGCUCCAGGGGGCUCUGCUCCUCUGGAACUUGUAUUUAAUGAAGUUAUUUCGAUAUUGAGAUGAGGUAGUUGGGGGACUCAAGUGAAAAGGGGGAAGAUAACACAUUCUUCGGGAUUAUGUUUGAGGUGUUAGUUGGAUAAGUAUUAAAAGCAUCUAAGUUAAAUCCUUAGCAGUCAGGUCACUUGCUUCACUAGAUUAUUCCAACUGCCAAUCAUGUUGGACUGAGCUAAUCUGGUCUUUCUGAACUCUAUUGAGGUGAAUAAUUACAAUAAAAUUUCCUCUCACAAAG